CUGAGAGAAGGAAGGCUGGCAGUGCAAGCGUGCGGGGUGACUCGCUCUCUCCGCCCAGUAAACCUGCUGUCGGCGUGUCGGAAACUUGCACCCGUGCAGACGCAUUUCGCGAGGACAACCAUGCGAGCGCUCCUCGUGUCGUAUGCAAAUCCGCCCGCUGACGUAGGUGAUCAUGUGGGUUUUGGCGUAGAUCCCCCUGCGAUCGCCGAUUUUUUUCGGCUGUUGUCUUUAGGAUCCGGCAGAAUCUUUGCAAUUAUAGUGGCCCUCCGCUCAUCCCUCGCUGGGAAAAGUAAGCACGUUGGGGACAAAGCUGUGCGCACUGUCGCCCCGCAGUGUACCGUGCGCGGCGGACAGGUACAGAAGGGGACUCAAAGGAACAGCAGUAUUGCAGCAGGAGAUUUUGGAGCCGUAGCACGUCACGGGCUCUGUCCCCAGGGGAGGAGCUCUCUGACUGAUUGUGUGGCCUGGGAUGAAGUCUCAUGAAGUCACUCAUUGCAGCUGACAUUAAAAGUCAGCAGGAAUAUUCACGUUGGGUUCUUUCUCAGACAGAGAUCCAACCAACCUUCACCAACUGUCCCUCGUCAAGGUUGCACUGUUGCAGUCCCCGACAAGGUCAUGGCUAGCCGCAGAAAGUCCACAACUCCCUGUAUGAUCAGGCCAAAUGACCUGGUAGAACAGGAUGACAUGGACGUCUGUCUGGACAGCACGUUGGAGAAUGGAGCCUCACAUGUGCCUGCUAGUGAGAACUGGACUGACAAAAAGAAUCUUGUAAGCACUACACGAGAGACUAUUGAGCCAGACAAGCCUGAGGCAGACGCUCGGCCACAGAAAAAGGUACAGGGAGGCUAUGAAUGCAAUACUGUUACUUUCUCAACUCAGAACCUUAACGAGUAAGAACACGUGGAUUCCAACCAUCCUAGUAUUCUCAACCCUUUGUACCUAUGUGCCGUCUGCAACUUCAACACAAAAAAGUUUGACACGUUGACGGAACACAAUGAGAAAUGCCAUCCUGGCGAGAGCAAUUUCAAAUUCAAGAGGAUCAAACUCAACAGUCAGACCAUCUUGGAGCAGACAAUUGAGGGUUCCAACUGUGCAGUCAUUUAUGAUGCAACCAGUCCCCAGACUGGAGAAGACCUCUCUACCUUUCCUCUGAGCAAACCCAUAGCAGUGAAGAUAGGUAAGCCAAAAACCGAGAGCAAACGUCCGCUUAUAGAUAGUCAGAUGGAUAAGCUCACUACAGAGUUACCCAAAAAACAGAUCACUGCAGUAAAUGUGAAUGGAACAGUGAUAAUCCCAGAUGCAACACUAAAGGAUGGUCUCUCUCACAUAAUGCCAGCACUGCAACGUCCACCUAACUACAAUUUAGUACCAAAAAUCGCUGUCCCUCUGAACACCUCAAAAUACAACGCAUCCCUGGAUGGAAACCUGACGCUCAUCACUUCCUUCAAUAAAUUCCCGUACCCAACCCAAGCUGAGCUCUCAUGGCUUACUGCAGCUUCUAAACACCCAGAAGAACAAAUCAAAGUCUGGUUCACGACCCAAAGGCUAAAACAAGGCAUUAGCUGGUCUCCAGAGGAGGUUGAAGAGGCACGCAAGAAAAUGUUUAAUGAACAAUUCAGCCUGUACAACAAGCAUUUUACUGUCUUACCUGCCCAGUUAACCCAGUCUCCAAAAACCACACAAUCUCUUAUUCAGACCGUACCUUGCCAUGUGCUUGGACAGUCCGGUUUGGUGUUGACGCCAGUUGCCAAUGGCUCAGCUGCGACUUGUGCUCCCCUUGCACUAACAGUUGCAAGUCAAGCAGCACAGGCUGUUAAGCGUCCCCUCACAGCUUCUGUGGUUGCACCUGAAGUGAAAAGACCCUCAAUAUCCAGACGGUUCAGACUACUUCGAAAUCUGCUUCCCCUACACCAAGGUCUUGCUUCAGACUGCAAAAAGACUCCAGAUCAGAUCAAAGAACUGAUGGCCAGCUAUACCCAAUGCCAGUUUCCUGAUGACGAAGAAGUGUAUCGUCUUAUUGAGAUGACUGGUCUUUCUUGGGGAGAGAUCAAAAAAUGGUUCAGUGAUCAGCGUCACGGAAACCAUAAAGCAGUGCAGUCACUGAAGGCUGACCUUCCACUGAAGGAAAGCCAGCCGCAGAAACCUGUGGCAACGCAGUUUCCACUUCUGGAAAGAGUGAAGGGUAAAUCCUCUGAGCAAAUGAAGAUGUUGGAGGAGUGUUUCCAGAAGACAAGCUUUCCCACACAGGCUGAGAUUGAAUGCCUUGCGGCUGACACUAGACUGUCCAAAACAGAAAUUGAGGGCUGGUUUACGGAGCGGCGCGCUCUGCGAGAUAACCUUGAACAAGCCCUGCUCAACUCUCUAUGGGCUCCAAAAGGUUGGACAGAGUAGCUCUGAAUGGGUGUUCAUGAGCAGGAAGCUCGAGCCAGAACCUCUCCCCUUCCCCUUCUAACAUCUUCUGUGGGUCCUGAAAUCGACAGCAAGUCACUUGGUCUUCUUAAGGAGGUUUUUUCACAGACUCAGUGGCCAUCGCCAGAGGAAUACAACCAACUGGAACUUGAGACAGGCCUGGCUCGCACAGAACUUGUCCGCUGGUUUAAGGACAACCGAUCAGCCCUGAAGAACGGAACCUUGGAAUGGAUGGAGCAGUUCCAGAAUAUGAGUAACAAAAAGCACAAUGGGAAGAACAGCUCACUGACCACAGAACCAGCCCAGAGUGUCCUACAGCGACACUUCCAGGAGGCAAAUGUCCUGAAAGGAGAGGAUGUUGAGAAGCUUGCAGAGCGAUCGAAACUCACCAACCAGGAUAUAGUAAACUGGUUUACCAGUAAGCUGGGUCACACCAUGCCAGACAUCAGCAAGGGCAAGGACCAACAUGAGCAAGGGAGUGCGGACAAUGGGAGAUGGGUUAAGGUUUCCAUGGCAGCUGACAAUGAAAGAAAGGAUUCUGAGACACAGAGAGUGGGCUCAGACCUUGAAAUACUGUCAGCAGAACACAUAGGAACAGGAUGAAAUGAGAAACGACUAAACAUAGGCUGCUACGACUAACCCCAAAGGGGGAACAAGAAACUAGUUGCAUUGACAUACUUGGAACCAAUGAUCUCACACCUGGACUCUGACAUCAUCAGAGAAAAGGAGGACUAGAAGUGUGAAGCACUGGCCAGGGACUGACCAUGGAGUGCCAAAGUCAGACUGCUAUGUUACUACUUGGGGAUUUUGGGGGUUUUUGUUUUUUGUUUUGUUUUUUAGAAAAAGGGCCCUUUGUAAAUAUAUUUUCAACAGAUUUGUAAAAUUUUCUGAGGAUGAGAGUUUUGUUACAUUUAUAAUAAUGUAGGUGUCCCCAAGCCAUUUUGCUUAACCCUUACAAUGGAAUGAUGUUUUGUUUUGGUUUUUUUGUGUUUUUUGUGUUUUUUUUUUGGUUUUUUUUUUGGUUUUUUUUUGUGAAAGGGCAGUAAACGAUUCACACUGCUGAAAAAACAUGGUCCACGAUAGCACUUAAUAUUUCAAAUGGACAAAGUGGUGCUCUUUUGAAAACCAUCUCAUUCCUGAAACGAGGUGAAAUUACGAACUUUCCUUUGGACCAUAGAAGCAUUACCUGCAGUUUCCCACUGUACCUUCCCACCAAGGGGGAUAGAUGUAACUGAAAUCAGUGCAGUGAUGCAAAAAAAAGAAAAAAAAAGUGUUUAUUUGUGGUUCAUUUUUGCAAUACUACUACGACAGCAGAAUCGUGCUGGCUGGCUCUUUCUGGUAUUCAAGGUAUAAGUUCCAUUUCAGUGUCAGCUGUGGCUUGCUUUCAGAUGGCUCCGUGUAUUCUGUUCCUCUCUUGCCACUGCUCUAGUGUCAUGUUCAGACAUGUAUGAGGAAUACUGUAUUGCUAUCAAGAACCGUGCUUGCUCUUUCAAAAAGUCUGCUGUAACUCAAUAAAAAAAAGAAAAGAAAUACACCACCUAUCAAAAGGCUGUUCACAAGCUUUGGGCAUUUCUUCAAGACAUUAUAAUCAAAGUUUUCUUUUAUACAGCAUUCUUGUGUUGGUCAGGGUGACCGUUUAUGAUCUGCUUCAGCUCAUUGUUUCUGUAUAUACGUUUUAAAGUUUAAAAUAAAAGCUCUACAUAAACUAGGGAUGAAACUAAAGCUUAAAGUUGGAGAUAAUGAUCUCUUCCAUCCCAACCCCUGGUAGAAUAUAACGAGUAGAAGUAUUCACACAGAACCAGCAGUAAUAUUUUAUUUAGGCUCCUGCUUGAAAAAGAUUUUGGCAAGUUAUUGCCACACAACUUAGACAUGGCUGCUUCACACAAUCAUAACAUUUUCACUAUGGACUUCUUUUUUUCAAUCAUUUAGUUGUUACUUUGCUCCAAAGGAUGAGAUGAGAGGAGGAACAUCGCCUCGUUCCUACAUCAUACAAGUUGCAUUCAGUUUAAUUAGCUACGUGAUGCAUCUUCAGUCAGGAGUGCUCUAGUCAUGGAAGGCCACAGAUAUUUCUGCACCCUAAACAUAUCCAACUACCCUCAUGAAGGGGUUGUUAAUGAAUUUUUGUUGGGUGGGGGUAUCCAGAAAAAUUCCGAUGGAUCAUUUGCCAAUUAUACAGCUGUAAAUUU